CCGCACUGCAUGUUCAUGAACUCAUACCUUCAUGAAGCUUUGAAGGUCCCCAGUAUCCCUCUGUAUCGUGUAGCUCUGAAUCAAUUCUAAACUCACCGAGGCUUCGAAAACCAGCUAUUCUCGGUGUUUUGCGGCGCAAGUCUCAUGCUAGUUGUCCUGGCGCAAGCAAUCAUUAGACUCCGUUGAACUUUCCACAGGAAGCUCCGAUCCUUGAGGGCGGAGAAAUCUCACGGCACAACUUGUUAAUUUUCGAGGUUGGACGUAUCGUGGUCAACUUUUUUCCAUCGUAGUCUUGCAGGUCAACUUGGCCAGGAAAAAGGGGCAAGAUGACGGCAUUACUAUGCUUCCACAAGGAGAUUCUGGAGAAGAUGCAUGACCCAUCUACAAGCGAGCUGUUACUUAUCGCCCGCGGUCUCGGCUUGCGUCGGAUAGUCUGUAAACUCCUCCAGAUCUACGACUCGCCUCAAAGUCUUGUCAUACUCGUGAACGCUUCUCCAGAGGAGGAAUCGGCCAUUGGCGAAGAACUUGGACUUAUGGGGUGCAGAAACCCUGGGCUUCGGAUCGUCGGUUUCGAGACUGGAAGGAAAGAAAGACAGGACCUGUACAAGAAAGGGGGUCUCCUGUCAGUAACGUCGCAAAUCCUGACCGUAGAUAUGCUGACCUCGGAUAUCCCCACCAAUCUCAUCACUGGUAUUAUCAUGCUACACGCAGAGCGGGCUACUCCGACGUCGUCGUCGGCAUUUAUCGUUCGUCUCUACCGGGAGAAGAACCAGAACGCCUUUCUGAAGGCUUUCUCGGAUCAGCCUGAGCAUAUUACCAGUGGCAUGUCUCCAUUGCGUACCAUCAUGAAGGAGCUCCAACUGCGCAAGGUUUACAUAUACCCUCGAUUCCAUCAAGAAAUUAUCGAAUGUCUCGGUCGAGACCGGUCGGUGUUGCAACUGACUAUAGGCAUGACUGAAUACAUGCAGGAGAUACAUGGUGCCAUCGUGCAGUGCAUGAGUACAACUUUAUCGGAACUAAAGCGUUCCAACACCAAUAUGGACCUGGAUGAUCUCAACGUCGAUAACGCGUACUUCAGAUCGUUCGACGUGUUGGUUCGGCGUCAGCUUGAUCCAGUGUGGCACAAGGUUGGCCCCAAGACAAAGCAACUCGUGAGUGACCUUGCGACCCUCCGACGUCUGCUGAUAUACCUGUUGACAUACGACGCUCUCUCUUUCCACGCGUAUUUGGAGACGCUUAUCGAGUCAAAUACCGUGAACGAGGCUGGUAACACUAGACAAAACCAGUCUCCAUGGAUGCUCACAGACGCGGCCAAUAUCAUUUUCACGUUUGCAAAGCGAAGAUGUUAUACAAUGAGCGCUCCGACUGAAAAGAAAGUCUCGGACGCAGACGAUGACCAGGAUUGGGAUGUGUUGAACGAACUUGAGGGACGUGCCAAGAAUCUAACGUCUGAGGCUUCCACGUCCAACCGCCGGCCAAGGUGGUUGCCAGAUGGCAUGGAGCCGGUCCUUGAGGAGCUCCCGAAGUGGACCCUCGUUGGCGCUGCCUUGCAAGAGAUUGAAGAAGAAAUGAUUCGCCGCUCCACACAAGUGACUUUUCAUGACCCUGGAACUGACACCGUGCUUAUCAUGACGUCGUCAGUCCGUACUUGCCAAUUACUUACAGAAUUCCUUUCGACCAUGGAUCCCGAUGCGCCGCCUGGAUCUCAGGGCUGCAGGAUGAUGGAGGACAAACUGCGACUCUACCUCUGGUGGAAGGGUAAACUUGCCCAACGUAAGCAGGAAGGAAAGACUGGGUUUGCACUCCCGACUGGACAAAAGAAUCCAACUGAGCGUGGCGCUGGAGAUGCGGAAGUUAGCGAGGCGUUGAAGAAGAAGGACAGGGAGAGACAAGCAAGAGCAGCCAGUCGGAGGCGUGUUCGGGGAGGAGGUCCAGCAGCGUCAUCAUCAAGGGAAGGCGAACUUAGUUCGACUGCUUCUGGACCUUCGAAUGGAACAUUUGGACAGCCUGUUGAUGACACCGCCGCUAUUGCAAAGUUCAUUGUCGGUCAAAAUGAAAACCCUUUAAUGGGGAUAUCGGAAAUCGAUCUCACUCAGAUUGACUUCGGACCUGAAUUCGAUAUGCAUUAUGGCUUGGUCGCACCCGAGCAGACCGUACUCGUGCGAGCCUUUUCCGACGACACCGACGAACAAUUGCUUGCGGAAAUCCAACCCCGAUACAUCAUCAUGUUUGAGCCGAAUCUGGACUUCGUGCGUCGCAUCGAGGUUUACAAGAAAGCCAACCCGGGACUGGCCGUUCGGAUCUACCUCUUGAUAUACAAUAAUAGCUGCGAGGAGGCUAAGUAUUUGGCUGGUGUGAGAAGGGAGAAGGAAUCGUUCGAACGAUUGAUCAAAGAGCGUGGAUCCAUGCUCAAUCCGAUCCUGGAACAGCGGCGAUCAGGGGAUACUGAGUCCCUGAUGAAGGUCGUGAGCUCAAGGAUAGCAGGUGGCAGGAAAGACGUCACGAUGGAGCCAGCCAAGGUCAUUGUCGACAUGCGAGAGUUUAGGUCAUCGUUACCCUCAUUGCUUCAUGCAUCGAACCUCCUCGUCAUCCCCGUCACGCUGACAGUGGGUGACUACAUUCUUACGCCUGACAUCUGUGUAGAGCGCAAAAGCAUUCCGGAUCUGGUCUCCAGUUUCAAUAGCGGGCGACUGUACACGCAAUGCGAGCUUAUGUCUGCUCACUACAAGCAGCCCAUCUUACUGAUCGAGUGGGAGGAACACAAGUCGUUUUCACUGGACACUGUGGCCGAAGUCAAAUCAUUCGCGAAGGCAUCGAGCAAGUAUCCACCCAAGAAGAAGCAACCAGCUCCCUCGGAUACCAAUGUCUCGUCACCGAUGAUUCAAUCGAAGCUGGUUUUGCUGACUCUGACUUUCCCUCGGGUGAGGAUCAUCUGGUCGUCGUCCCCGUACGCCACCGCCGAGAUCUUUAACGAUCUCAAGGCCAUACAACCGGAACCAGAUCCGAUGAAGGCUAUAGUGGUUGGCGCAGAAGAGGAUCCAGAGGCAGGCGCAGGGAUCAACACAGCGGCAGAGGAGCUACUGCGUGCUCUGCCCGGAAUCACCGCCAAGAAUGUAAAACAUGUCAUGAAUAAGGUCCGAAGCGUACGAGAACUUUGCGAAUUGGACCUCCCGGCCGUUCAAGAAAUAUUGGGCGUCGAACCUGGCAAGGCAUGCUGGGACUUCAUGCAUAGGGGCGAACGCAAACGGUCCGAGAGCACCUAGCGCCACGGGUUUUUGCACUGUCUCACAAAGACAUCCGUCGUAGGUUGUGUUCUCCCGGACAGGGUGUUUGAGAGCGACGUACGUCGACCUUUUCUUGUUGUACCCCGCCGUCAGCGUCGUAGGUUCUGCCUACCGACCCUUUCCCCGGUUCGAUUGCUGGUAACAUACAUUGGCGAGACGGUGCCAUGGAACGUCAAAAUUACAUACAUCCUGCAGGUCACCUGGACAUAUCAGGCGUUCUGCAGGGAAGCCAUGUAGGUGGCUUUUCGGUUCCCGUUCCUUCGAAAAUCCUGUUACCUUCGUAUGACCUCUUGCUCGUAUAGCUCUAUGCAUACUAUCGCAUCGCCAUGUCAUGAACAUCCAUGCUUGCAAUGCUACAUUGCAGACCAAAUCGUGGAAUGGACCAUGCCGUUUAGGACAGCUAGGCAGUGUGUGGCGUUAUGUAUGUCGUAAUAUAGCUAUUCAUACGCGAUAUCGAGAGGAUAGUGGAAGGUUUGCUCAACUCGUCUGUUGAUGAUCAUUCAGAUAACACGGUGCUAUGCCAUAUCCAUAUUCUUUUCACAUCCUCCGGUGCUUCCCUCCAGCUGCCAUCGACGUGUUUGCCUUCGGAAUGUAAUGUGAGCAAUCCACCCAGCAGACAUAAACAUGGUGAGAGGUUUUGAAAGUCUUGGUGAGAACAUGUUGUUCGGAUUCAUCGCCAUGGAAGGUUUAGCAGGUCGCGAUUUAGCCUGAUUUAGCUCACAUUCAUCACCCCCGAAUCUCAUCCUCGCUACAUCGCU